AUUUGCCCGGGAGUUUGUGUCGUUCAGUUUGUCCUUUGCUAUGUAUGCCGACGAGUUAAGCAACUCUGUGCAGUCCAUUGAUCUUCAAGACAUUACCCAACUGGACAAAGCAAAUCCUGAUGUGACAACGAACUCAGAAGACUCAGAAGAAACAUCCAUUCAGAAGUCAAUAAAAGCUGAAGCACAACCUAUCUUGCCUCCAGGAUACCAAAUAUCACACUGCCUUGCGGAAGGUGGAAUUGGAAGAGUAUAUUUAAUUGUCAAUCCUGAUACUAAGGAUUGUUUAGCAGCAAAAGUAGUCAACGUAUAUGGUCAAAGCAGUCUUCGCAGUAAUGCAAAAACUGAAGUUAAUGUAACACAAGUUAGGGCGGAACUUCGCCAAGAAGCUGAGUUACAAAGACGCUUAAAACAUCACAAUAUUGCCACUUUAUAUGGAAUCAGAAAUACUCCUACAUUCACAUUUAUGUUUAUGGAAUUAUUGCCUGGUGGCGAAUUGUUUGAGCGUAUUCCAAUUGGUAUAGGAUUACACGUUCAACAGAUGUUUAUAUACUAUGCGCAGAUUUUAGAUGCAUUAAAUUACCUUCAUAAUGAUCAACAAAUAGCACAUUUAGAUGUGAAACCAGAAAAUAUUAUGCUCACAAAGAAGGAUAGAGCUAAACUGAUUGAUUUUGGAUGGGCUGUAGAUUUGCGAAAGCAAAAACUUAUUCAAGGAGCAGUUGGAACAACAAGUUAUGCUGCACCUGAAGUUUUUGGAAAAAAUCCCUACUUUGGACCACCUGCUGACCUAUUCUCACUUGGUGUUACACUUCUCACAGCUGUCACUGGUCAACGUUGUUGGUCACGUGCCAGUUAUACAUCCGACCCUGUAUAUCGCCAGUGGACCGAACAUAAAGAUUUGCACACAGGUCCUGUGUUUUCCCGACUUCCUCCUGACUUAGCCAACUUUCUUACACGAGCCUUGGCUCAUCGUCCUUCUGAUCGUCUUACUAUUGAAUGCAUUAAAAAUCAUCCUUGGUAUCGCCUUGGUCUUGCCCGACGUCUAACUCCUGUUGCGUCACCGCGAAGCAGACAAGACUCAGGUGUAUCUGUAAAUACUGUCGUACCAAACAGCGACCGUACCAACACUUCACGCAGCACUUAUCAAGGAGAUGCGCCAGUACCUUCAUCUCAGCCUACGCCAGUUUGUCAUGCUCAAUUAGAUUCUAUUAUAAAUAAUCUUCACUUAUCUCAACCGGCUGAUAUUGACAGUAUGCUAAUGGCGUCUCAGAUGGUUGGAGAUAUUGAUUACGUUAAGGAUCGACUUGGUUUUUCCUGUCUCAUGCGCCGUAUGACUCGAUUCUUUUCAGCACUCUCCUCAGUAGAACAUACAAUGGAGGUCAUUCGAGCUGUCGUUGUUCAAAGGAGACAUCUGCGGGCAACAAUCAAAGGAUCAAAUAACCUACUUGUGGAUAUCAAAACUCCGGAGCAUCCAGGAACUGCCUUCCGAGUAUUGUUAUAUCCAUUAGCUGGUUCAAUUCUUGUGGAUUGUCGUCGUGUCUCAGGUGAUGGUUUAUUGUUUCAUCAAACCUAUGCUGCAAUCUAUACAGAUCUUUCAGCUAUGGGUGCAGUUAAUAUAACACAUCCUUACUUACAUAUUUUGUUACCUGAAAGGUCUACAACGGAGCCUAAUAGUUCAAAUGACGGUACUUGCAUUUCUGAAAAUUCUCCAGUAGUCUACGGUGAAUUAACUCCAGUAGCAAUGGAGACAUAGAUUUCUUUCUAUAAUAACCUAUAUUUUGAUAGAUCUUUUACUUAUCCUGAGAUGCUGUGUGAAUAUUUUUGCAAUAAUUUACUUUGAAACUUAUAAUGAUUUCUUUAAGUCGGUUUAGAUUUUGUCCUCAAGUAACUUAUCCCCUCGCCUCGGGGUUUAUUUUUAUAUCUGUAUUAAAGAUUGCUUAAUGAAUGAAGUGUUUCUGUAUGUUCCUAAAUACAACUUCUUCACAGAAUGGCGUCAUCAUUUAUUUGUGAUUGAUUGG